GAAUUGUCGGUAUACAAAUAUACAAUCUUGCUCUCUUCUUCCCUUCAAAUAUUUUCAGAAAAAGCUUCUUCUUCACUUUUUGUAUAGGAUUGUAUCAAGCCAAAACAAGGAAGUAUUUAUCAGAAGGAACGAGGGGAAGGAAGAAAUAAAUAUCAAAUCAGCUACAUAUAAGCAGCUAAAAAUGACCGAAGAGAACGGCAUUCACCCCACAAAAAGAAGUACAUCUUCACUUGCCGGCGUAUUUUUACCUAGCAUCGAUAAGAAUAAGACGAGUCAUAUGACAGGUGGAGGCAGCAGUAGCGUUGGUAGUUGUUUUGGCAGCAACUAUAACAAUACCAAUAACAGUAGUGGAAAUAUAAAUAGUAACAAUUAUGAUAGCGGACAUCGUAACAGCAAUAGCAGCUGUGACAGCAGUAACAACACUAGCGUUAGCACUGGAUUGAGUAGCAAUCAUAACGGAAGCAGUAGUGGCCACAGUCGUCGACAGAGAGCUUUCUCUUUCACAAAUUAUCUUGUCAAUAAAACACGACGGGCCUACUCCGUAUCUUCUGCGGAUACUGUCAGUAUCAAGUACAAACCCCUUUUAUCCUUACCUUCACAUCUUAAGUCGAAAGCCUCGGCUGUAUUGGAUAAUUAUGAUCUCUCCAUUGACAACAAAAGACCCUUUCUCAGCAGCAGUAAUCAUCGAAGCAGCAGUAGUAGUAAUAAUAACAGUAAUCAAAAUACAGUCAUGGAUGAAGAUAGACUAUCAUUUGUCGAGACGAAGAGAUUGACACCGGCUCAACGACGAAAUUCAAUUGCGGCUCAGCAGCGUAAAUAUGCGGAUUUUGAGCAAAAGAUAGAAGCGGCGCCUUUGUUUGUGUUGGUGACAACGUAUUUAAAUUAUUUGGUGUUGAUUUUGUUUGGCCAUUUAAGAGAUUUUGCAGGCAAAAUAUUCAAAAGAGACGCUUAUGCACAUUUAAGAACAAAUGAGGGAUAUGCGCCCUUAGUAUCAGAUUUUGAUUCUUUCUACACACGACGAAUGUACAUCCGUAUCAGAGACUGCUGGAAUAGACCUAUUACUGGUGUCCCUGGCCGUACUGUGACGAUUUUGGAACGUGAAUCGAAGGAUUUCAACAAAACAUUCCAUUUGACAGGCCGUAAGAUCAGUGCAAUCAAUUUCUCUUCUUACAACUACUUGGGCUUCGCCCAAAAGAAAGGAGUAUGUGCCGAUCAAGUUGAGCAAUGUGUGAAAGAAUACGGUAUCAGUAGUGGUGGUAGUACACGAAUGGAAACGGGCACUUUGGAUUUGCAUAGAGAGCUAGAGAGAAAAGUAGCCAAGUUUGUAGGAAAAGAAGAUGCAAUGGUGAUAUCGAUGGGUUUUGCAACCAAUUCAACGACUAUCCCAUCACUCGUCAGCAAGGGAUGCUUGGUUAUUAGUGAUGAAUUGAAUCAUAGCUCAAUUAUUUUUGGUGUUCGAUUGUCCGGAGCAUCUGUUCGUGUUUUUAAGCAUAACAAUAUGAUAGAUCUUAGAAAUCUUUUGAGGGAAGUGAUUUCUCAAGGACAGCCCAGAACACACAGACCUUGGAAGAAGAUUAUUGUUAUCGUAGAAGGAUUAUAUUCAAUGGAAGGAUCUAUUUUAAAUCUUCCCGAACUGAUCAAUUUGAAAAAUGAGUUCAAGUUUUAUUUGUAUGUGGACGAAGCACAUUCUAUUGGCGCCUUGGGCGAAAGUGGAGGCGGUGUUUGUGAUUUCUAUGGUAUCAAUCCUCGUCAUGUUGAUAUUUUGAUGGGUACAUUCACAAAGUCAUUUGGUGCCGCUGGCGGCUACAUUGCAGGCGAUCGAGCAGUGAUAGAUCAUCUGAGAGCGAAGAACCAUGCAUUUUCUUAUGCAGAAGGAAUGACACCACCUAUUUUGCAACAAGUCAGCUCCAGUAUGGAUAUUAUUCUAGGUGAAGACGGGACCAACAAUGGUGUGGACCGUAUACAUGCUUUAGCCGAAAAUGCCCGGUAUUUUGCGUCAGCUUUGAGAAGAAUGGGAUUUAUUGUUUAUGGAGACGAAGGAAGUCCUGUGAUACCCUUAUUAUUAUUCAACCCAGCAAAAAUAUCGUGAGUCUUUCUUUUCUUAUUAUGUUAUUCUACAAGAGCUAAUAGCUUUUCUAUAACUUUUAGAGCUUUUUCAAGAGAAAUGCUGAAAAGAGAUGUGGCAGUAGUGGUGGUAGGUUAUCCAGCCACCCCUAUCAUCACGUCAAGAGCGCGUUUCUGUAUUUCAGCCUCACAUACGAGAGAAGACUUGGACAAAACAUUAGAAGCCAUAAGUG